CCCAUCUGCCACGUGUCCAUCGCUUGCAUAAAUUUCUCUCGCUUGUUCCCUCCGUCCCCAAAUUCACUCCUAAAUUUCUCUCCGACUCCUUUUCCUGAUGACAACCGCCGCCGUACCCUAACCCUAAUUUUCCAUCACUCGGCCAGUUUUCAUGGCCAGCCCAACCCCUCUCACCUUCUCCGCCUGCUCUUCCGCUUCCUCCUCCUCAGCCACCCUCUACUCCAUCCCUCCUGACACUGAUUGCGUCUCCGACGGUUCUUUCUCCUCCGCCGCCGCCGGUUUCGCCCCACCCGUCGAAGACGCCGCCCCCACCGCCGAGGACCCUUCCGUCUACCACCUCUCCUUCAACCAGGACUGCGGAUGCUUCGUCGCCGGUCUCGACAACGGGUUCCGGAUCUACAACACCGACCCGUUCAAGGCCCUGUUCCGCCGCGACAUGGAUUCUUCUUCCCCUUCCUCCUCCUCCUCACGCGGCGGAAUCGGACUCGUCGCCAUGCUCUUCCGAUGCAACGUGCUCUGCUUCGUCGGCGGCGGCCCCGAGCCUCUCUAUCCGGCGAAUAAGGUCAUGAUCUGGGACGACCACCUCUCGCGCUGCUUCGGCGAGCUAUCUUUCCGUUCCGAAGUGAGGAACGUGAAAAUUCGGCGCGACAAGAUCAUCGUCGUGCUGGCUCAGAAGGUUUUCGUCUACAAUUUUGUGGAUUUGAGGCUGGUGCAUCAGAUUGAGACGGCGUUGAACAGUAAGGGGCUUUGUGAGGUUUCUCAUACUUCGUCGCCGAUGCUCCUGGCGUGCCCUGGCUUGCAGAAGGGGCAGAUUAGGAUAGAGAAUUAUGGUUCGAAGAAGACGAAAUUCGUGAUGGCUCAUGAUUCGAGGCUCGCUUGUAUGAGCAUGACUCAAGAUGGGAGGUUGCUUGCUACUGCCAGCAGUAAAGGCACUUUGGUCCGAGUUUUCAAUGCCUUAGAUGGUUCCUUGCUUCAGGAGGUUAGGCGAGGUGCAGACAGAGCAGAAAUCUACAGCCUUGCAUUCUCCUCGGAUGCUCAUUGGCUAGCAGUCUCUAGUGACAAGGGAACCAUCCAUGUCUUCAGCCUCAAAGUGGAUUCAGGAUCAUUGGCAACACUAUCAAAUGAUAGAUCACAGGUGGUGUCUGCUCCAAAUCCUUCCAAUGGUUUGGGCAUUUCAUCCCUUUCCAUCUUGAAAGGGGUGUUGCCAAAGUAUUUCAGCUCAGAGUGGUCUGUGGCUCAGUUCCGAUUGCCAGAAGGCUCCGAGUACCUUGUUGGUUUUGGCCAGCAAAAGAACACAGUUAUCAUCAUCGGACUGAAUGGAAGCUUCUACAGAUGUGAGUUUGAUUCUGUGAAAGGGGGAGAGAUGACGCAGUUGGAACACCAUAAUUAUCUUAGUGCCGACAAUUUCCUGAAGCCAGGUUGAAGCGCCCUUCUUCUUUGGGGAAUUGGGUUCGGAUGCAGAUGAUGUUUCAGAGAUCUUCUUCUUGGGCAAGAGCACUGGGUUGAUAUUGGGCAGAACACCUCCACUAGCAAUGGUGACUCCCUGCAGCAGCUUCCCCAGCUCCUCGUCGUUCCUCACCGCCAAAAGAAGGUGCCUCGGGUUUAUCCUGUUCUUCUUGUUGUCCAUCGCCGCAUUCCCAGCUAGUUCCAGCACCUCGGCGGCGAGAUACUCGAGAACAGCAGCGAGGUAGAUCGGCGCUCCGGCUCCGUACCUCUGAGCGUACCGGCCUUUCUUCAAGAACCGGAAAACGCGGCCGACGGGGAACUGGAGCCCGGCCCUCGCCGACUUGGAAACCGCCUUCUUCCGAUCGCCUCCGCGUCUCCCGCCGGCGCCCUUCGGUGUCGCCGCCGUAGUUCCCGACUUCGCCACGGAAUCCAUAGAAGAAGAAUCAACGCAACCGAAUUUGACAAUGGUGUGAAAUUCGAGACUGAAAUCGGAGAAA